UACCAACAAAUGUUUCGAAACAAACUUCAUGUUGAAGUAAAUUUCAUUUUUGACGUGAACGCAGUAGAAACUCUACGAGUAGCGAUUAAGAAUAACGUAAGAGGUACGGCGUGGCGCGCCUUUAACGAAAACAAUAUUAAAGAAUGGGAAGAUUAAAACAAGGGAGUGCAAUAUUUGUAAUAAUAUCAUUAUUAAUUGAAACAAAUGGCUUCUAUGUGCCUGGUGUUGCCCCUGUGGAAUUUAAAAAGGGGCAAAAAAUUGAUGUUAAAGCAGUGAAAAUGACCAGUACUCAUACACAAUUACCGUAUGAAUAUUAUUCUGUUCCAUUUUGUAUACCAAAAAAUGGAACUUUUAUUUACAAAUCAGAGAAUUUAGGAGAAGUAUUACGUGGUGACAGAAUUGUAAAUACACCAUAUGAGGUAUCAAUGGCAGAUGAUGUAAGCUGUAAAUUAUUAUGUCAUGGACCAUCUAAUCUUAUGACAUGGAAUGAAGAAGAGUCGCAACGUGUUAUAGAACGCAUUCAACAUGAUUAUACUGUGCAUUUGUUAAUUGAUAAUUUACCAGCAGCAACAAAAAAGGUUCAUAAAGAUACAAAUAACGUAAUUGUAUAUCAUGGAUAUCGUUUGGGUGGUAUCAUGAAUGACCAAUAUUACAUUAAUAAUUAUCUUAAACUAAAAUUAAGUAACCAUAGAUAUGGAGAAAAUGAAUUUAGAGUAGUUGGAUUUGAAGUAGAAGCUCGUUCAGUUGAUGUAAGCCAACUAAAGUUUGAUAGAAAUACUUGUAUAGUGCCCACAAAUCCUCAGGCAAAUCCUCAAUUUGUUAAUCCCAAAGGAACCAAGCUUCUGUUCUUAUAUUCUGUGGAGUGGAGACAAUCUGAUGUGAGUUGGGCAAGUAGAUGGGAUAUAUAUUUGGGAAUGAGCGAUGUUGAAAUUCAUUGGUUUUCAAUCAUCAAUUCACUGAUUGUAGUCAUUUUCCUUUCUGGGAUCUUAACUAUGAUCAUGGUUCGAACACUAAGGAGAGAUAUCGCACGUUAUAAUGCUGGUGAAAGUGACAGUUUAGCAGGUUUAGAUGAAGCAAUUGAAGAAACUGGAUGGAAACUUGUUCAUGGAGAUGUAUUUCGACCACCACCAAAUCCUCGAUUAUUUGCCGCUGUGAUAGGGAGUGGAAUUCAAAUAUUUUUUAUGGCUUUAAUCACAAUAUUUUUUGCUAUGUUGGGAAUGCUUUCUCCUGCCAGUAGAGGUGCACUUGGAACCUGUGCAAUAUUUCUUUAUGUGUCUUCUGGUGUAAUUGCUGGAUAUUUUUCUGCGCGCCUUUAUAAAACAAUGCGUGGUCGAAAAUGGAGAAGGACAGCAUUACUAACGGCAACACUGUAUCCUGGAAUAGUGUUUACUACUUGUUUCUUUUUAAAUUUCUUUAUAUGGGGAAAGCAUAGUUCUGGUGCAGUACCAUUUACAACAAUGUUAGCAUUAUUAUGUUUAUGGUUCUGUAUAUCACUUCCUCUUGUAUACCUUGGAUAUUUCUUUGGAUAUCGAAAACAACCUUUCACACAUCCUGUUAGAACAAAUCAAAUUCCCAGACAAGUUCCUGAUCAGUUAUGGUACAUGAACCCAAUACUAUGUACGCUAAUGGCUGGAAUUCUUCCGUUUGGCGCUGUUUUUAUAGAAUUAUUUUUCAUCCUAACAGCGUUAUGGGAAAAUCAAUUUUAUUAUCUUUUCGGAUUUCUCUUCCUCGUUUUCUGUAUACUUGUCAUUUCUUGUUCUCAAAUAUCCAUAGUUAUGGUCUAUUUCCAGUUAUGCGGAGAAGAUUACCGAUGGUGGUGGAGAAGCUUUAUUGUUAGUGGAGGAUCAGCUGUAUAUGUCCUAGCCUACUCAAUUUUUUAUUUUAUGACAAAAUUAGAAAUAACAGAACUAAUUCCAACACUUUUAUAUUUUGGUUACACUGCAUUAAUGGUAUUAACGUUUUGGUUAUUAACAGGUACAAUAGGUUUCUUUGCUGCUUAUGCAUUUAUUCGUAAAAUAUAUGCUGCUGUAAAAAUAGACUAGUCAAAUUAAUCAUUGAUGAAAUCAAUGAUUAAAGAAGGUAACACAUUUCCAAUGUUACAAAAAAUAUUUAAUUACUUUAAAUUAAAUGUAUGAAACCAAAAUAGUACAAUAGUUUCAUUUUCGUUAGAUUAAUCUAAUUUGAUUAAAAAGAUGAGUAGUACAUUUACCAAAUAAUAUUCUUAAAUAUUAUAAAAUUAUUUUGUUUAUAACGAAAAAUAUGUAAAACUUACAAAUGAACAGAAAAAGGUUCUGAUUAAAGGACGUGAUGUAUAACUUAGUUCAUUGCAUUAUUAAUACAUGAUUUUCUCUUUUUAUUGUUUAUUACAUAUCUUAAAUAAAUAUUUUGUUAUUAUUAGAGUACUUAUAAUUUAUAAAACAGAGUACUGCUCACAUUCAGCGAAGAAUACACAUAUUCAUAUAAAGAAAAUGCAUAGACUAUAUUAAUAUUACUUCCUUUUAACAUAAAAUUAAAAAAUAUAUAAAAAUAUUAAUAAAUGUAAUAUUAAUUAUAGUCAAUGCUAAAUACAAAAAUAAUAUUAGUUCACAAUUAUUAUAUUUUUUAUUGCAAUAAAAUAACAAGUUUACAAGUUAUAUCUGUAGACAUUUGUUACUAGACAUGUAUGCAUCGAAUGCAUAUAAUGUAACAUUAAGGAUGUAAAAUUAUGUCACUUACAUUUGGAUAACCUGGGGUGUAUAUUUCUCCGUAAUGUCAUGUCAUAUAAAAUGUUUAUUAAUUAUGCGUAACAAUUCACUUUUGGACUAAUUAUAAAGAUCUAUAUUUUUAAUUAUUCAAGUAUUAAGUAUGUUUAGUAAAUCAGUAAUAUAUGAGAUCUUUGAUAUUGGCUGAUUAAAUAUAUAAGACAGAUAUAAGUUUUGUACAUGUUGCAAUGAUUAUAUUUGUGAUUUUUAAUAUU